AUGGCGCCGUCGCUAUGGAAGGGGGUGGUGGGCAUCGGCCUUUUUGCCCUAGCCCAUGCAGCCUUUUCCGCUGCGCAGCAUUACUUUCCAUCUCCUGGAAUAAAGUAGAAAAUAUGUAUCAGAAUUCCUUCAAAGCUCCAAUGUUUUUUCAAAGUGAAAUCUUUCCAUUCUAUUUAUUAUCUAUAUGAUCGUUCUUAUAUGCGAUUAACAGAAAAGGAAGAUGAAUCACUGCCAAUAGAUAUAGUUCUUCAAACACUUCUGGCCUUUGCAGUUACCUGUUACGGUAUAGUUCAUAUCGCAGGGGAGUUUAAAGACAUGGAUGCUACGUCAGAACUAAAAAAUAAGACAUUUGAUACAUUAAGGAAUCACCCAUCAUUUUAUGUAUUUAAUCAUCGUGGUCGAGUACUGUUCCGGCCUUCGGAUACAACAAAUACUUCAAACCAAGACGCUUUGUCCUCUAACACAUCCUUGAAGUUAAGGAAACUCGAAUCACUGCGUCGUUAAGAUUUUUACAAAUUAUAUUAACAGGACAGGACACAGAGUUGGAAUAUUGGAGUUUGGGGUAGAAAACACUCCCCCAUCAGUAUUUAUACUGAUCUUUCAGACCUAAUAAAAACAGAAUCUAUGGCCCUUGUUUGUACACUGUUAAUCAAGUCAUUAAUGCAAUAUAAGUUUAUAUGUGAAACAAGUCUGACUUUUUUCAUAGAGGGAUUUUUUUUUCAUUUAAAACAAAUUCACAUGUUUUGUAAAAGUCACUGUUUUGAACAUAUUGCUUUGGAAAAUGUUGAUGGGUUUUGUAACUAUUUAUUUUCUUAGAUUUCUUUUCUUUUGCACUACAGUUUUUAGGAUCCUUUUGGAAAUACUGUGUGACGACUGCCCUUGGCAGUAUGAAUUAUAGGAAAAUUUUCUUCUGUUCCCAACAGCAAACGGACUUUACUAAAGAGACCAAAAUGGUGAUUCGUCAGGUUUUCCUAUGCCCCCUAAAAGUGACUCUUCAGCAGAUACUUGCCAGUCUUUAAUUCAUAUAUAUGUAGGUGGAGCCCUGAUGGCAGAGUGGUUAAGACUUGGCUGCUAACCAAAAGGUCAGCAGUUCGAAUCCCCACCCCACUCCCAUACGCCUUCGAGCAUCAGCGGUCUUGUUUCAUCACUUCUCUGAGAUUCUCUGUAUGAAAGUGAGCAAUUUCUAUGUCAGAAAUUCUUUGUUUUAACAAACUCAGCUUGCUGUAAGCAAGUUGUGUUCCCUUUGUUUAUCUGUAAAAAUUUGCCCUAAUUGAUUAUAUAGUAUAAGAAUAGUUGAAGAUAGACCAAAAAGACCAUUCAUGAUUUAAUUAUAUGGCCUUUGUAGAAAAGUAGUGAGGAAAACUGAUUACAUGUUGUUAGCCAGUUUAACUUAUUGAAAAACCUCUGUUAGUUUAUUGCAUACUAAGCUAGAGAAUUUGGAAAAUAAAGACCACUUCUCAUUAAUCUGAAGUCAGACUUCAAAGGAAUUGGGCCAAAUGAGUUCUAGAUAUUUGGAACUAAUACCUUUAAUUUAAAAAAAAUUAAGGUCAUUUAAGAAAUUGUUGUGUAGCUUCUGAUUAAGAGCAGGCUCAGCGUUUUCCAUCUUCACCGUAUGUUGCUGAAGGUGAGGAUGAGGAUACAGAGUUGAAUUAUUUUUUUUUAGAAAUAUUUAGUAAUUUUACUUUUAGGGGAAGUUUGGCUAGCACUUUGAUCUUCCGAAAGCUCAACAUUUCUUUGUAGAACAGAUUGCUUUUGCCGAAUUGUAUAGUUGUAAAGGGAAUAACUGGAAGCAGGUUUGAAAAGGAAAUGUGCUUUAGGCAAGAGUCGUAUGAUGCCCUUAAACUUGAUAAAAAUUUUUUCCAUUGAAAAUGAACAUGAUACUCUUAUGCUUGAUGUAAUUUUUUCCAUUGAAAAUGAACCUCAGCUCUUCUGUUCUGCCUGGUAACACACAACCCCGAAGCAUGAGAUUGUUUUGUGGUAGGUUGUUUUUGUUGUUGUUUUACCAGCCAGUCCGUCUGUGGAAUACUGACUCUGCUCUCUGAUGAGAACAAAGUUAGAAAUCUGCUAAUAACCGAGAAUAAUUUAAUAAAUGAAUUCUUAAACUUGAAAUCAGGGGUUAAAAUGAUUUUCACAGCAAAAUAAUGUAUAAGAGACAAACUGAUGUGUAGGAGACAAGUUCCUUCAGUCAGGCAUGUCUGCCUUGCCUUCAAGUAUGACUUGAUUUGGAAGAGCCUCGUGUUUUCCUUCUCUUUUGAGGCUGUUUUCCUUUCCUAAUAUGUUUUUUUUUUUUUGUAACUGUAUUGAGAUAUAAUUCACAUACUUUACAGUUCACCCAUUUAAAGUGUACAAUUCAGUGGUUUUUAAUAUAUUUACAGUUGUGCAACCGCAAUCAAUUGUAGAAUAUUUUCAUCACCCCAUACCCAUUAGCAGUUACCUCCCCUUUCCCCGCAACCCCUUCCCAGCCCUAGGCAACCUCUAAUCUACCUUUUGUCCCUAUAGAUUUGCCUAUGGAUUUAUAUAAUAUGUAGUCUUUUGUGACUUGCUUCCCAAAUAUGGUUUUACUCUAUGGAGUUUUCCUUAUCUUGAGAACUGCUAUUGCUGUGAAAGGAAGUGGUUGGUUACUCAGUAGACUUGAGGAGGAAAGGUCAGAUGCCUAACAGAUUUCUCAGUAAAUCUUAAACGUGGAAUGGUUUUUCCUUACAGACAAGCAUUAAUGAUGUACUUAUAAUAUUUUGGCUAAUCUCUGGAAUGGAUAUUGAAGUCUUUGCCUGCCGAGUCAGGAAUGUACUGCUGAAAAUGAUGCCAAAUAAUUUGGCAAAUAAUUGACAUGGCAGUUUUCAGGUAUGUUUAAUUUUGCUAGUAGCUUGUAUACCUCGGGCCAGGUGAGCUUCUAAAAAAUUUUUUUUAAUGCCCUCCAUUGCUUUUCUGCUGUCUUUUUAAGUAUGUACUAUAGGACUGAAGGGUAACUUGGGUGCAGUGUAACACUGCUAAAUGAAGCAAGUACAGAAUUUUAUUUACAGUACUAUGAGAUGGUCCAUUACUACCUAGGGUAGUCUAAAAAUGUAACGAUGUGAGCUAGUUAAGCCUGCUGUUAACUAUGGUUUCAAUGAUAUUCAGAAGUGUGUACUAUUCAAGGAACUCUAGAAUAGAGGAAGACUCACUUUUUAAAUAUCUAGGGAACCAGCCAAGUACUGUGGGCUAAUGGCCCACCCAAUGAAAAUGCCGAUAGGUUCGUUGGAGGCUGUUAAGCUCUAUAAGUUCCUAAGGAUUGUUUACUAAGCAUUGUGGCUUAUCUUUUGAGUGGCAUGACAGCAUCUUCCUGGUUCUUUGUGGCCUGUUUCCAUGAUGUAUUGAGUAGUGUUGUUUGUUGUGAGCAUUGAUGCCUGUAACAUCAAGCAAAACAUGUUUUUUGGAUGUUUCCUCUCUUUAAAUGACCUUGCCCUGUCCAAUAAAUAAAUGAUUGUCUCACCCUGUUUUUGGUAGUGUUGGAUUUUUUUUCUUUUAAUCUCAUUUUCUUCUGUUUCUCUGUCCCCAGAAAACAGUAAGUUGAUGUUAUGACUGUAUUUUUUUUCAGUGUGAUGCUGUUUUACUAAAUCCAAGGGAUACUUUACUUUUUUCCUAUCAAGCAAGAAUAUUCUUUAUUCAGAUUUAAUAG